CUGGCAUGUUUCAUUUCAGAUUAAAAUGCAAAAGUUGUUUAAAAAAAUGUGUACAAAUGUAUAUGUAAAUGGUGCUUUUAAGUAUUUGGUGUUGUUUGAUAAACACCAAAGCAAGUACAAAAAUUUGAAUAACUGUUUGAAAACACAAAUAUUGCUUGACUUCCUUUCCUUCCAUGACAAGCAGGUGACGAACUACUUUGCAAUUUUGACUUCUUGUAAUUUAAAUUAUGAUAUCUACAAUGUGAUUAUGACUUCAUAUUUAUCCAAAGAUUUACACUGGAAAAUAUUUUCUGGUAUUUUCUAGUAGAAAUAAGUAAAUAAAGAUAUUUAUAAAUUGAUUUUGUUCUAUCUUAAUGAAACAUUUAAGGAUUUUAAUAAGUGGAUACAAAUUGGAAAAAUAAUUAUAUAGCGUCUGAGAAUAUUUAUAUUUUGACACAAGUGAAGUGAAAACAGCUGUUCUCAAAUACUGACUUCUACAACAUUCAUCCUACUCUUGACAGGAGAUGUUUUCUCAUAAAUGAGGGCCUGGGACACAAUUAAAAUCAGUGCAACUUCCUGCUAAACCACAGCAGGAGCAAGAGCAGCUUAGAAGCAGCUGUCUGAGAAGAAGGACUCCUAACCUACAUUCUGGUUUUAUCUCUGACUUCUUCAUCAUGAGAUUGUCUCUGGUUUCACAACAUCUGCUGAUGUUCAUAUCAGUCCUGUCACUCAUCACCGCACAAACAUCAUCUCCACCACCAACAACACCACCUGCUACAACAACAACAUCUGCAACAACAACACUGGCAGCCCUCCCCAAUGACCCCUGCUAUAACUACACUGUUCUGGAUGAUUUACGGAGAGCCACCAGCAAUCAAUUACAAUCAUCAUAUUACGGACAAUAUACCUCUAAAUUACUGUGUGACCAAAAUGUCAACUGGGUCGGCUGGUACCGUCUCUUCAUUCGGGGUCAGAGCGUUCAGAUGCCAGACACAUGUGUUAAUCAGCUAAGCUGCGGCACUCAUGCCCCACUGUGGCUGAACGGAGUACACCCACGAAUUGAGGAUGGAGUGGUGACCCGUAGUGUCUGCGGUCACUGGAACAAUAACUGCUGUGGUUUCCAGUCGAAUCCCAUUAAAGUGAAAGCUUGUCCAGGAGGUUAUUAUGUCUAUGAGUUUGUAAGGGCAGUUAACUGCUAUUUGGCAUACUGUGCAGACGUUAGGAACAUUACUCUCAAUAACGAUACUGGAACUCCAGAGCCAACCUUGGCAGCACCGGCAAUAUUCUACCCAUUCGGCUCAGCGGCAGGAGACGCAAACAAUACUGCUGUUGAAGACGGAAGCUCUUCUGUUAUUCAGCUGUCAAGUCCAUUUCUGUUCUUUGGCCGCACAUACCGACAGAUAUAUGUGAAUAAUAAUGGAUACCUCACAUUCAACCAGGCUUCAAACGAAUAUGUUCCCUACUCAUUUCCCACUGAGGGAAGCCAAGAUAUAAUUGCUGGUCUCUGGACUGACCUUGACAACCGCCUCAGAGGUGUUGUUUCAUAUCGUCAGUACUCCAGUGGAAAUGUUCUCACACGCGCCACUCAGGAUAUAAACACACAUUUCCCAUAUUUGACCUUCACUGCUUCUUGGGUCUUUGUUGCAACGUGGAAUAAAGUCGCUUACUAUGCUUUGACCAGCACAGAAACAUCGUUUCAAGUGGUUUUAAUUUCAGGACGUAAUUUUUCAUUUAUUCUGAUGAAUUAUGGUGAUAUUGCUGUAACUGGACAUCCGGUGCAGGCUGGUUAUGACACAGCAAACUCCACGGAAUACUUUGUGAUUCCUGGAUCAAUCAAUGGCAGCUCCAUCUCAAACCUCAGGAACUCCAGUAAUGUCAAUGUUCCCGGUCGAUGGGCCUUCAGGGUGGACGGUGGAUCAGAGUCAAACAAAGACCCCUGCUACAAAUACACUGUGCUGGAUGAUCCUUGGAGAUCCACAGACUAUCGACAUCCCAAUAUAACCAACUAUAUGUGUGACGCUUAUGUCAGCUGGGUCGGCUGGUAUCGUCUCUUCAUUAAUGGUCAGAACGCUCAGAUGCCAGACACAUGUGUUAGUCCCCUUAGUUGUGGCACUGGUGGCACAAUGUGGCUGAACGGAGCACAUCCAACAGUUGAGGAUGGAGUGGUGACCCGAAAUGUCUGUGGUAACUGGUUGAAUAUCUGCUGUGAUUUCCAAUUCAAUAUUAAAGUCAAAGCCUGUCCAGGAGGUUAUUAUGUCUACGAGUUUGUGAGCCCACAUUACUGCUAUCGAGCAUACUGUGCAGAAGUUAGGAACAUCAACAAUCUUACUGUCACUCCGGAGUCAGCACCAGCAAUAUUCUACCCAUUUGGUUCAGCAGCAGGAGACACAAGAAAUUCUGCUGUUGAAGAUGGAAACUCUCCUGUUAUUCAGCUGUUGGAUCCAUUUCUGUUCUUUGGUCGCACAUACCGGCAGAUAUAUGUGAAUAAUAAUAGACACCUCACAUUUAACCAGGCUUCAUCAGAAUAUACUCCCUACUUAUUUCCCUCUAACAGAAGCCAAGAUGUAAUUGCUGGUCUCUGGACUGACCUUGACAACCGUGUGAAAGGUGUUGUUUCAUAUCAGCAGUACACCAGUGGAAACGUUCUCACAAACGCCACUCGGGACAUAAACACAUAUUUCCCAAAUCUGAACUUCAACGCUUCUUGGGUCUUUGUUGCAACAUGGAAUAAAGUCGCUUACUUCAACUCAACCAGCACAUUUUUGCAGGAAACAUCGUUUCAAGUGGUUUUAAUUUCAGGCGGUAAUUAUUCCUUUAUUCUGAUGAAUUAUGGUGACAUUGCUGUAACUGGACAUCCGGUGCAGGCUGGUUAUGACACAAUUAACUCCACACACUACUUUGUGAUUCCUGGAUCAAACAGCGGCAGCUUCAUCUCAAACCUCAGGAUCUACAGUAAUGUCGAUGUUCCCGGACGAUGGGUCUUCAGGGUGGACAGUGAACCAGGAAACAACAUCUUGAAAUACAAUGUUUUUGGAAUUCGAGUGAGACUUUCCUCAUUUUCAGACCUAACACAGAAUGGAAACAUUGAAAUGCUUUUACAGCAAAUGAAACAGGAGCUGGUCAAGCGCGGUCUGCCAAACAGCAUCGAGCUGAAGUUAAGAAAACUGCAAAAGACAAAGCCAUAAUUACAGCCUCCUUCAGGAAAAUUAAAACCUGUUUGCUUAACAUCUGACUGCAAAUAUCCUUGAUGACUGAUGAUGUAAAAGCUUAAGUUUUUUUUUUUUUUUCAUUUACCUUCAUUAGAUCUAUAUCUUAUAAGGAUGCAGACAUGUAUAAUGUACUGUAUAUUUUAAAAGCAGUGUAUGUAGCUUUAAAUAAAUGCGUCUGCAGAAAUGCCUCAAUGUCAUAUUCCAUCUCAGUGCAUGAUUCUUCCUGUUUCUUUCUGUUUGUAAAACAUUUUUAAUAUGGGCAUCUUAAUUUGUGGCUUAAUGGAAAUAAUACUAUAAUAAUCAAGUCACCUUUAUUUCUAUAGCACAUUAUACCAUAGGGAUUCUUUCAAAGCAGCAGAAUCAAUGAUGAAAACUUUACAGAAUGACAAUAGUUUCAUUAUUCAGCUCAGUUCAGUUCAAGAUUGAUUCUCAUUUGAUGUGUCAGUGUCAGUGGAUUCAAAUUAAUAAUCAAUGAAUAUCAAUAUUCAGAUUUUUGACGUGUAAAUCCUAGUAGAUUUUAUUCCAGCCACUAUUCGUGUGAAGUUAUGCUCAGUAAUGUUGUUUUGAGUCAGUGCUUCCCAAACUGUGGGCCGUAGUGGUAUUGCAGGGGGGCCGUGGCUAGGCUAAAUUAAAAUAAUUAAAAUAUUUUAAUUGUUC